AUGGCAAUGGAGCCGCUCCCGCUGGGCUUCGGCGACGCCAUGGACACCACCCUCUUCUCCACCCUCUGGUCCUUCCAGGAGGAGCUGCAGCCCAAAGAGAGCGUGGAGGAGCUGAAGCAGAGCUUGCUGGCGGCGACCAUGGAGCUGGAGGUGUCCAAGGAGGAGCUGCGGAGGAAGGAGCAGAGCAUCGCCAAGCUCGCCGACCUCGUGCGCCAGGUGGCCAAGGAGCGCGACGAGGCGAGGGACCAGGUGCAGCAGCUGCUCCUCGCCUCGGCCAAGCAGGCCGCGCCGCCGGUGCACCAGCCUGCGCCCGCGCUCGGCACGUCGAGCGUCACCGACUCGGACUGCAGCCUCGUGUCGUCCCCCGUGGACCCCUUCUUCGACCCCGUCACCUCCUCCGACCGGCGCCGCUGCGGCGGCGGCGGCAAGCUCGGCGCCGCCAGCCCGCCCCCGCCGGCCAAGCAGCAGCAGCAGCAGAUGUGCGGCGCCGACGCCGUGCUCGAGAUGCUCGCCGCCAAGAAGCCGCUGCCGCCGAGGGGCCGGCUGCUGCAGUCCGUCAUGGAGGCGGGGCCCCUGCUGCAGAACCUGCUCGUCGCCGGGCCGCUCCCGCGCUGGCGCAACCCGCCGCCCGUGCACGCCCUCGACACGCUCCCGGUCGGCGGCGGCGGAGUCUACAUGAACACGACGCCACUCCACGCCGCCAACGCCGGCGCGGCGCUCGGCUACGGCCCCAACGGCAACAACGCAUGCAUGAAGCGGCCGAUGGCGGCGAUGCCCGCCAUGCCCAUGGCCGCCACGAGCUGCUCGCCGGGCUUCGCCCCCAAGCGGCACCGGCUGCAUUGA